AUGUAUUAGGGAUCUAACCUUUCUCGUACAGGUCAAAUGGCUGUAUAAAAUGAGCAAGUCUCCAAUUAGCUAAAACUACUCAAAGCAAAGAUGAGCAAUCGUGACACUUGGUAAUAAGGAACCAAUUAGCAACUAGACGGUUAUCCUCAUACACAACCUACCAAACCAUCACAAUCACCUCUCUAUCCCAAAAGUGACUAUGACUUCUAUACUAUGAAACAACAAUAGUAAUAAUAAAUGCAAUCCAACUCUUAACCUAAAAUUAAUGAUCCACGCACUUAUAAUUAUUAACAAUUACAACAAUACAAACAACAAUAACAACAAAUAUUACCUCCUUAGAAUCCUAAUAGAAAUGAUCCCUAUCUAGGUAUGAAUGCUUUAAAUAGACUCAAUUAAUAUGAUUAACUUUAGAAAUAUAAAGAGGAUCCAUAUAAAAAGACUAACAACUUAAAUAAUUACAAUGUUCCCUAAAGUUAUUAUGAAUAAUAAUUAAAUAAGCGGCAAUAAUAACAAUAAUUAAUACAAUAACCUAAUAAAUAUUAUGAUGAUGUCUUAUCUAAAAAAUAAUAAUCUUAUGGAUAUUAGUAAAAUAAUAAUUAUGAUUUCACUCAAUAACCAAUUUUAUUGCAAAAUAAAUAUGAUUAUAUGAAUAACAAUAACAAUUACACAAAUAAUGGUCUUUAUAACAAUAAUUUGUAAUGGUAAAAUUCAAACUAAAUGUCAUGGUAAAACACUAACUAAAACAAUAUAUAUAACAAUAACAACAAUUAUAAUUAAUAAUAAUAGUCAUCUUAAACAAAUCAAUAUAAUCCAUAUGGAAAUUAAAUAAAUUAAAAUAUUUUAUAGUAAUAAUCAUCAUACAAUCAAUAUAAUUACAAUUAAAAUCCUUAAUCUUUAUCUCCACUUAAAUAGUAAUAACAAUAACCUACUUAAUAAUACAAAUAUUCUCAACAUAAUUCUUAACCUCAAUUUGAAAAAAGAGAAAGACCUUUCGAAAGACAAUAAGAUCCAAUUUCUGAAUAAUAUAAAUAAACAUAAUAAACUUAAGAAUAAUAAUACAUUAAACCAUAACCUAGAAAAUAACCAAUACAAUAACCAUUAUAAUCAUAUAAUACUAAUAAUAAAGUAAUUAAUCCCAUAGAUGAAUUGCCUGCUGUUGCUAAAAAAAAUCAAACCAAUUCUAUUCCACCUGAAGAAGAUGAUGAUGCUGAUUUAUUAGAAUGUCCAGAAGGAUGUGGUAGAAGAUUCAAAGAAAAUGCCUUAGAUAAACAUAUUAAAGUAUGUAAAAAAGUGUUCUAAUCAAAAAGAAAAGAAUUCAAUUCAAAAGCACAUAGAUAAAUUAAUUAAGAAUAAGCAAAAUUAGAAAAAUAAGGAUUAGUUAAGGAUAAAAUAAUUGAAAAAAAAAAAUAGAUGGCUUAAAAUGGAGAUCCUAAAUGGAAAAAACAAUCAGAAGCAUUUAGAUAAAUGAUUAAUGCAGCAAAAUAAGGAGGAACUGUUGAUAUUUAACCUUAAGAUGAUCUAGUAGAAUGUCCUGGUUGUGGUCGUAAAUUUAGUGAAUAAGCUGCUGAUAGACAUAUUCCAGGUUGUAAAAAAAGAAACUUUAAAAGAUGA